GUUGCAGAUCGGCGCGGGUGGAGUAGGUCAUUCACAGAAUCAAAAUGGUUGAAGCAGAUCGUCCUGGGAAGUUGUUCAUUGGGGGCCUGAACACAGAGACUAAUGAGAAAGCCCUUGAGGCUGUAUUUGGCAAAUAUGGACGCAUUGUGGAAGUCCUUUUGAUGAAAGAUCGGGAAACAAACAAGUCCAGAGGGUUUGCGUUCGUCACGUUUGAGAGUCCAGCAGAUGCAAAGGAUGCUGCCAGAGAUAUGAAUGGAAAGUCAUUAGAUGGGAAGGCAAUUAAAGUGGAACAAGCAACCAAGCCAUCCUUUGAAAGUGGUGGUAGGCGUGGGCCGCCACCCCCUCCCCGAAGCAGAGGUCCUCCCAGGGGCCUUAGAGGCGCAAGAGGCGGAAGUGGCGCGAGAGGACCACCUUCAAGAGGGAGUCACUUGGGGUCUUCUCGAGGGCCACUUCCCAUGAAGAGAGGUCCACCUCCACGAAGUGGAGGCCCUCCACCUAAAAGAUCUGCACCUUCAGGACCAGUGCGUAGCAGUAGUAUGGGAGGAAGAGCUCCUGUGUCACGUGGAAGAGAUGGUUAUGGUGGUCCUCCACGCAGAGAGCCAAUGCCAUCGCGGAGAGAUGUCUACAUGUCUCCAAGAGAUGAUGGCUAUAGCACUAAAGACGGUUAUUCAAGCAGAGAUUAUCCCAGUUCCAGGGAUACCCGGGACUAUGCACCACCUCCCCGAGACUAUGCGUAUCGUGAUUAUGGUCAUUCCAGUUCACGUGAUGAAUACCCCUCCAGGGGAUACAGUCUUUCCUCCUAUAGUGAUCGUGACGGAUACGGUGGUGGACGUGACAGAGACUACUCGGAUCAUCCAAGUGGAGGCUCCUACAGAGAUUCAUAUGAGAGUUACGGUAACUCACGUAGUGCUCCACCUGCUCGAGGGCCCCCGCCAUCAUAUGGUGGAAGCAGUCGCUAUGAUGAUUACGGCAGCACACGAGAUGGAUAUGGAAGCCGAGAAAGUUACUCAAGCAGCAGAAGUGAUGUCUACUCAAGUGGCCGUGAUCGUGUUGGAAGACAAGACAGGGGUCUUCCCCCAUCCAUGGAAAGGGGCUACCCACCUCCUCGGGAUUCUUACAGUAGUUCAAGCCGCGGGGCACCCAGAGGUGGUGGCCGUGGUGGAAGCAGAUCCGAUAGAGGUGGAGGCAGAAGCAGAUACUAAAAACACUCUUAAACUUUUGGACCAAAACAGAUAAUUUCUCAAAUGUGGAAGCUGUUCUAUCUUUACUACCAGAGGACUACUAAAAGGAAAAGUUGUUUUUAACCUUUUUUUAUUGUUGCCUGUUAAGUUUUCCCCUCCAUGACUUUUAUGCUUUUGUGAGAAAAAGUUAAAACAAUGUUUAAUAUCAUUUCAAAAUUGUUAACAUUUCUUUCAGAAAGCAGAUGUUAAAUGUAUAAGCUUGAGCUGUGUACUAGUGUUGUAAUUUUCAAAGUAAAGUUUCCCUGAAAUGCCACACUUC